AUGGCCUUGCAUCUCAUCUCCACGCGUGCCCUUGUGGCACGCUCAUCCAUGAGCCCAGGCGGUAUUGCCGGCGCUGUUGUGGGCUCCAUCGUCGGCGUCUUUCUCAUCUCCCUUGUAUUAGGCUUCGUCUAUUUCCGCUACCGGCGAAGGGCCCGGCGCCUGGAAGAAAGCGACCUGACCAAGCCUCCGGAAGCUGAACGCAGGUUGUCCUUUCCCGGCCCGGACCAGGCCGCCAGCAGCCAGCAGACGUCCCAAUCGCAGUAUUAUUCGACAUACACGGGAGACGGCCAGAUCUCGCAGGGAGGUCCUGCUGCUCAUGACAGAGCCGCCUUCCAGCAGUAUCCCAUCUCGACCAACGAGCCCAACUUUGCUGGUGCUCCCGAUAACUUCGCCCCUCCACAGCAGCAGAACUUUGGGCAGAACUUCGAUUUCCAGUCUUAUCCGCCGCCUUGGCCGAAGGACGCCCAGGACGGGGUUGUGUCUGACCAGUAUGCCGCAGCUCCUGUGAUGGACGUUGGUGGUGGUGCAGCCAGCUACUACGAUACCAAUAUUGCUAUGGACUCGGAGCCAGAACAGGCCCCGGUACCCCCGACCAGACAAAUGACCGAGUUGUACGAGGAGCAACUCCGGAGAGCCCGUGCAAGCCGGAAGAACAGCAAGGGCUCGACCUGGAGUCGCCUCACGGACAGGUUCAUCAAGAGAAAACGUUCAACUCGUCUCUCAGAAAUCACCAUGGAGGAAGGUCAACCCCAACCAUCACUGUCUCAUGGUAACCAAGACGUUCCCAUGCCCUCCGUAGAAAGAUCCAGUGACAGGGCGCCGGGACAGCCUCGUGGAUACCCCCCAGACAUGCAGCUGUUCGACGAACCUCAGGAGAUGAGCGACGGAAGCCGCACAGAUCUUCAUGCCAGCAAGAAAGCAAAGCGGCAUGGUCCCGCGAGCGACGCGAACGGAGAUUUACCUCACAGGCUCGACUCGAUGCCCAUGGGAUCACCGCUUGACCCUCAGCUUCCUUCGGCAGUGUUCCGUCAAAAACAAGGUCCCGGCGACACGACUGCAGCGCGGCAAAUGACGAGGUUCAAGAGCCCUGAACUGCCAGAACCGAUGGAGAUAGAAACAGCCGAUUACACCAGUGAAGGCAGUCCCACCAUGAUCCGAGGCUCUCACUCUCCGCCCUUAGAGCCUCCACAGGGCUUUGCCGACCCAAAGGACCUCAUGAAGCCUACGAAUCCUGCGGAGAAGGCAGCUUUCAACGAUGCAGAGCUUAUACGAAUAGCGUCUGCUUCUCCGCCAACCUCGCCGCCCAAUACAUAUUCUCCUCCCCCCAUGGCCCCCUCGCAGGAAGGGCAAACGAAUCCAGAGGACGACGAAGACGAAGCUGACGAGUCCGAAUUGGAGGAAGAAGAAGAAGAAGAGGAACCCAGCGAGAGCCACUUCGACGCAGGAAUCCCAGAUAUUACGGAGCCAUCCUAUAACAGGCCUUCGUUUGACGGACCAUCGGACUGGUCCACUCCAGCGGGCCAGACCUCGACAAACCCUUCCAGUGGAAGAACCCCAGACACGAGAAUAACCCCCUCACCAUCGCCGGCACCUUUUAGCAAUGGAGUGCCCUUGAAUGAUGGAAUGCUGAGACCGGACAACAGCUUGUCUCCUGCGAACUCGGCAGGGUCGCCCAAACUUGCCUUGACUUGCGAGGAGUGCGGUCGUACUUUUGACCAGAUUCACAAGUUGAAUCAUCACAAGAGAUAUCACGAUCGCAAGCACGUCUGUCCUUACGACGACUGUGGGAAGAAAUUUGGUACCAAGACACAUCUCGACCGACACAUCAACGACAAGCAUGAGAAGAAGAAGGGCUUCCACUGCACCCAAGAGGGUUGUCAGUACUUCAAGGGCGGCAAGGCCUUCCCCCGAAAGGACAACUGGAGACGACAUAUGCAAAACAAGCAUGGCAUUGUCCCCACAUUUGAGCCAGAAGCAGCAGAAUAA